CAAAAAUUUUCCUUAUCAUUAAUUUAGAAUGCAAAUAAUCCAAGAUGGCAUGAUAAUGAAUAACUCAGAGAUGGAGAAAAAAUAGACAGAGAAAGAAAAAAUAAAAUCAAUAUGUUAGCAGUUGAAAAAUAUUUGUACUGUUUCUUAAAAACUCUUGACCCCUUAACAAGCAUAAAAACGAAUAAGGAAGUAGAAGGUAUUGAAAAAAGUAGAAAAAAAUCAUAACUCCGAAAAAGAAUCAAGCGACAUUAAACCCAAAAAGACUAUUCCAAAUUAUUAUUAAGUAUUUCGAAAUGAAUUGGAAGAGAAGAUUGCAUUAAUUAGUGGAUUAUAGCAAUAGAUAUAAUACAUAAAGUUGACGAUGUCUCAAAUAUGAGUUAUGA